UAACGUUACAAACGUGUCUAUGGGCAACGGUAUUGACUGCACCAGCGAAGUUGUUCUUUCCAGUAGCGCUGUAUGUCUGUUUGUAUAAAAUGACAUCGUAUGAACUGUUUAAUCCUGAUUCCAUUGAAUUCAAAAAGAGACAUUUAACCGAUUUGACUUUCUGGAAACAUUAUGCUGAGGAGAAAGCAUCAUACCAUGAUUUAUUAUCAAAGAAAAUGUUAAAAACGGUCAAUGAAUACAGGAAGAAAUUAGUAAAGAUAGAUGGCUUCAAAGAUUUUCCACUGUUGAAAUCCUUCGAGGCAGCUAUGACACGUGAUGAAAUACAAGCAGAAGAACUGCGAUCUGUUGCUUCCAGUUUCUCUUGUCUUACCCGGGAUUUACAAAGUGAAUUAGACAGUAUAUCUACAUCAGAAUAUGAGAAAGAAGCAGUUGCUUUUAGAAAACUAGUAAAGAUACAUUCCAAGGUUUUAAGAGAAACUGAAUCGGACAGAGAUAAAAUUAGCCAUGUUGCAUUUAAACUAGAAAGAAUAUAUACAAAUGCUUGCAAAAAUGAAAAGUACAAUUCCACAAAACAGCUACUAGACAACACAAUUGCUAGUUACGAUAUCCACAAAGAAAGCGAGCUGCUUCUUCGGGCAAAAAUCAUUUCAAAGUCUGAGGAGCUCAAGAAAUUAUGGCUGGAAGAAGAGAAAGAAAGGCUUGAUGUUCUACUGAGGGGAUGGAAAGAUUGUUUAACUGCUGAAAAUCAGCUUCUUAAACAUAGACACCAAGGUCACGGAGACAGAGCAUUAAAGAUUGCUGACAAUAUUUAUAAUGCAGAUGUUUGUUCUGAAUUGGCUAUCAUGAGAGUGUCGCCUCACAAGUACAGAGAUUUCGAGGAAAGUUCAACACUGGUAAGCAAAGCAGCAAAGCAUUUAGAUACGGGCGAAAGGUUGAAUACCACAGAAGAAGAAAUUACAAAAUUACAUAGUAAAUCGCGGUGCAGAACAGCAGUCGGUGUCGUAGGAAAAAAGAACAACACAGAAGAAAAGCACUGUAAAUCAUUGACAAUACUCCAAACACCAGAUGCUAGUAUAUCACAUGAACAUAAUCGAUCAGCUACACUUCCGGCAAGCGAAAGACGUAAAACAAAUCGUCGAAAGGACAGGCACCUGGUACAUUCAAGUGAUAAAGACGACAAUAGGUAUGAUAUAUCUCGACGUCGCAAAACGAAAAUGAGAAACGAACAUGCAACGUUAGUACCCUACCACCCAGAGGAUAACCAGUGUACAGAGGUCCAAGAUUUAUAUAAAGAGGGCGACAUUACGACCGAUGAUGAAAACCUGUCGGUUUUUGGUGAUAAAAGAUUGAAAAACGGUAAGACUAAAACGAAGAUAGAAUCUGGAGAUGGCAUAAAAACCACAAAAUGUAGCAGUAAGAAAGUAUAUGCUCGAGUUAUACCACAAAGAAGACAGACAGCAGAUAUAAGACGUACUGUUACCCAGCAUGAUGAUUCUAAUGGAGCAUCGCUUGAUUCCUCUGAUGAUGAGUCGACCUUCACAGAUAGUGGGAGUGUGGCAUCAACAGGUCAUUGUUCAUCUGUUAAAUGUGGUGGUAUUUCCAGUGAAGCAACACUGACUGCAAACAGAAAGGGGAGUAAAGUACCAGUCUCCGACAGUGCAACCUUUUCUUAUUUGUCUGCAUUUGAGAUACUCAAUCUGAGAGAAGUUGCUACAAGACGGCUAAAUGUUUGUAUCCACUUAGUCGCUACUGAGACGUAUAAGAGCAACGACUUUGAAAAGUUGUCUUUGAAGAAAGGAGAAUCGAUAGUUAUGAUGCAAACUCCAACAACAGAUGGCCUGGCAUUUGGAUAUAAGAAGAUUCGACUUAACACUAAGAAGAAACACGGCCUUUUCCGUGUAAAUUUAACCAAAAUUGACUAUUCUGUGAAUCAGAAUCUUGAAAAUGUAUUAAGAAUUAAACAAUAAAAACAUG